AUGAAGUUCAUGCAAUCACUAAAAGACUUUGCAGCUGAUGGUCUUCGUACUCUCUGUUUGGCAUAUGGCGUUAUAGCAGAGGAGGAAUAUCACGCUUGGAUCGAACAGUACAAAGAAGUUUCAAUUCAAGAUUAUGAUAAAAAGAUGGAUCGUGUAUCCUAG